AAGUUGUUGUUUUUACUUUUUUUAAACUUCGCAUUCUAUUCGUACACAAGUAAAGUUUUAUUUUGUUUUAUACUGACUCAUAAUUUGGUUGGAAAAAAAAUGUCACUAUCCAAUUACUGUUGUUUUUGAGAGCUGCAAAAUUUCAAAAAUGUAUCCAUUGUUAAUAUUUAAUUAAAACAUACACAAUUUUGAUGUUUUAAUAGUUAUAUAAGAAUAAUCAGUGUCUCUAUGCAAGGCCAUUAUUCAAGUAUGUCGAAGAUGCCUUUCGGGAGUCUCUAUCUAACGGUUAUGUUGUUAUUGGUUACAAUAAUACCAAGUUCUAGAUCUUGUAAAAGUAAAUCCGGUGGUGCCGCCAACCCCGAAAAACAAGAACCAACGGGUCCCAGCUGUUAUGUUAUCAGCUAUAACAGCAGCUGUUAUUUGUUUGGUAACAAAAACAUGACUUUCCCAGAGGCUUAUACAUUCUGUCAACAACAUGAAGGAAUAUUGAGCGAGUUCAGCUACGAUUCAUUUCUUAAGGAUAACAACGAAAGCGUCAUCCAGGGCGUGUAUUGGAUUGGUCUCUUGUGGGUCAGCACACUGGACACCUGGGUCUGGGCUAGCGGGUCCACUUUAUCAAUCCCAGAACUUCACGUCGAAAACACAACAUCACCAGACAGCAACUGUACUACUGUGCAGGCGAAUGGUCUGGACGUGUUUCGAACCUCGUGCUCGGAGAAGUACACCCCGGUUUGUAGACUGAACACAAGAAACUGCAACAUAACAACAUUGGCAGGACUCAACUGUGUUGGUCCCACAAAAGAAAGUAGUUCUAGUACUAGCAGCAGCUCUGUAGAUCCAAUCCCGGAGGAUCCAACGAUAGGAAUCCAUGAGGGUCCAACGAUUGGUAUCUAUGACUGUGGUCCUAACGCCCCACCCAAUAGCACUGGAACUGUGAGAGACAAGGCUAAAUUCGUCGUCUCGGAUGAAUGCGUUAACGAUAAGAAGUGUGACGGGAAACAUUUUAUUUUGAUCAUCUGCAUAGCAUCAGCAUUGGGGAUUUCAGUCAUCGCCAACGUUGCUCUUAUUUGUAAACUCUGUUUCCGUAAAGGUAAGCACUUCUUCAGGGACAAGAGUUCCUUCCACUCACGCUCCGAACCCAACGUCAAAACGGAUUCGAUUCUGGUGUAUUCUAGAUGCGACAACAACGACAACUCAGCCCUUCCGGUCUUUCCCGCAACCAUUCAGGAAAAACCCGAACAGGACCUCUACGCCAAUGACGAAGAUGAAAACCGCUAUUCGGAUAUUCCCGGUGACGUUUACUCCAACACUGUUUCACCAAAUUCUGAAUUCCCAAAAACUUUUAAGGGCCUAGAAAUAAAUGUUAGUCAUUUAGCGGACGAGCAAAGAAAUAAGAAACCGCAUCUUGGAGUUAGCCUGCUAGAAAAGGAAGGGAAGCUUAACACCAGUGACAAUGAAACAUACUCUCAUCUCAAUCACAACAGCACUGGCAAUUUGUCGCAGAGAGGCUAUACAGAGAACGUCUAUGGUGACGAAAGCGUUACAGAACUCAACUAGCCUCACUUUGG